AUGCUCAUGGAGACCAUCGUCCGCUACCUGGACGAGCUCAUCGUCAAGGGCUACCCCGAGGCCGAGGGCGGCGCGGCCGAGGCCCCCGCCGGAGGCGGGGACGGCGCGGCGUGCCAUCUGGAGAGCCCCGGCCUGCCGCCGGCCCUGCCGGAGGCCGGCGGCUCUUCUCCCUCCUCGACCCUGUCAGGGUCGGCGCCGAGCGCGUCUUGCCCGGAGGCGCGCCCGCCCGUGAGCCUCCAGGCGGCUCUGGCGGCCCAGCGGGCCCGCGAGGCAAAGGAUGCGGAGGCGAGGGAUGAGCCCGACGUGCUGACGCCCUGA